AUGGAGCCAAACAUCGAAGAAAAGAACCUAUACUUCUCUGGCCUUCCUAGCUGUUCAAGGCUAGUGGCACGCUCCAACUUCGACGUCACUUUCAAACCUGGGGGUGGUGGCAUCUUCUGGCCCGUCAAGAAGUUUCUCUCACCGACGUCACCCAACCAUAAGAUAGUCUCGUUAUGGGAUGGCCCUUUGCGAAAGGAUAUUAUCAAUGCCCUUGAUGGAAUCGACUGGACAUCCAUCGAUAUCGUUCGCUUGGGCUUGCAUGAGAAUCCGGAUCGACCCGAACUGCCAGAACCUGAGCAACCACACGUCCUUCUCGUCUCUGUGGCAAACACAACAUGGGGACAAGGUUUCCCAGCUGUUAUGUCAUGCCGUCGCAUCAUGGAGCAGUACGGGCUUGAUGACAUACACUGCGAGAUGAAGGAAAUGGUACUCGGUGACCCUUCCUGUGAGAUGGAAGGACCAGUGGCCGAACGCUCCGCCUCUACGCCCAAUGAAACGUCCCCUUUGGCCCCUAGAUUGACCUCACAAUCAGAAGUCUUUCCUGGGCCUGAGUUCCAGUCAAUCGUUCAUCACCGUACCAUGGCCAGUGAACGUCUUGGGGCCUCGAUUGCCUUGCUUGAUAGCCCUACAUGGGAGGGUACUAAGGGUCUUUAUCUCAGACGCAAAGAUACUGGAGCGACAUUGGCGCUGACUUGCCGACAUAUGCUUUUUAAAAAAGGCUCCGAGCUAUCGAACGAGUUGUAUCAACAUAACCCUGAUACGACGCCGCGACUAGUCAUGCAACCGGGGUCAGGUACCCUAAAUGAUAUGCUCAAAUUCGCCGAAGGUAUCUGUCACGCUCUGGAAAGGAACCGGGCCAAUUUGGAAGCCCGCGCCGAUUAUACAGAAGAGCGUCGACAUAUCCAAAUAACUGAUUGUCAGAAGAGACUGAAUUCUUAUACCCAAUGGAGAGACUAUGUUCGGACUAUUGCCACGCCAGAGUCUCGCAUCAUUGGGCAUGUCCUUUUUUCCCCAAAAGCCAGCCCUGGGAAAUCUCUAUCGGGAGAGAGUCGACUAAGGGAUUGGGCCUUGAUCGAGUUACACAACAACAAACACCAAACAGCGCUCCCAGAUUUGAGAAAUACCGUUACUCUGACAAGUGAGCAUUCAUGUAAGAUACAUAGGGUGGCCAAUAGUGAACUCAGCUUUGAACGGCUAUUUCUGGCUGCCUGUGAGGGGUUUCUGCAGCUUGAAGGAAUCAUGCCUGAGGCCCAGAUUAAGAUGCCCACUACCAUGGACAGCCAAAACAAGGAACCUCGACUGGUCGUGGCGAUGUACGGAAAAACCAGAGAGCUGCAAGUCGGCUUCUCCAAUUGUGUCCCGUCUAUCCUGCGAGAGGUAAUCAACGGGAAGGCGGAAUACAGUGAGGUUUGGGGCAUUAUUGGAGAGAAGGAUAACCCUUCAGCUGGAUCAAAGCACUUUUGUAUAGCAGGUGACUCAGGCUCCUGUAUUUGGGACAUGGAGGGACGUGUUGCCGGUAUUGUGGUUGGCGGGCCUGAUGUUGGGUAUGCCCACCCUAUCGAGUGGCUUUUGGAAGACAUUCGUACCCAGUCUAGCAUUGAUGUAGAGUUGAUUUAG